CGCUCGUUGUCGCCUUGGCGUCCAUUUCAUGUUUACUCGUCAAGCAAGUUGUCGUCGCCUUGUUUUUCUCUGAGGAUUAAAACUAGAAACUUUUUUUAUUGACUUCUGCACUUUUGUGACAUUUAAUGAUGAACUUGCUUUCCUUCUUCCUCCUAGUUGUACAAACACACAGCGUGACGCCUGUGAUUCACACGCUGCAGUAUUUCACCACUGCAUCCUCUCAAGUUCCAAACUUCCCAGAGUAUGUGGAGGUUGGUUAUGUUGAUGAAGUUGAGACGAGUUACUAUGACAGCAACAUCAGGAAAGCAGAAUCCAAACAGGACUGGAUGAAUAAAAUCACAGCAGAGGAUCCAAACUACUGCCUGAGAGAAACAGAGAUCAAUGUUGUUAGACAACAUGUCCUCAAAGACAACGUUGAAAUACUUAAGAAGCGUUUCAACCAAACUGGAGGUGUUCACACUUACCAGGAGAUGUCAGGAUGUGAAUGGAAUGAUGAGACUGAGGUUAAAGGUUGGGAGCAGCACAGUUAUGAUGGAGAAGAUUUCAUAUCGUUGGACAUGAAGACAUGGACCGCAGCAAAACAACAAGCUUUCCCCUCCAAACUCAAGUUGGACCAAGACAUAUUUCUAUUAGACAUUAAGUAUUAUUACACUGAGCUUUGUCCUUCUUACUUGAAGAAGUAUGUGGAGUAUGGGAAGAAGGUCCUAAUGAGAACAGAGCUUCCAGAGGUGUUCCUCCUCCAGAAGACGCCAUCCUUUCCGGUCAGCUGCAUGGCGACAGGUUUCUACCCCGACCGAGCCGACUUGUUUUGGAGGAAAGACGGCGAGCGGAUCUUGGAGGACGUGGAGCACGGAGAGCUGCGCCCCAACCACGACGGAACCUUCCAGAUGUCGGUGGAGCUGAAAGUGGAGGUGACGGCCGAGGUGGAGGGCAAGUACGAAUGUGUGUUCCAGCUGUCUGGCGUCAAGGAGGACCUGGUCACCAAGCUGGAGAGAUGAAGCAUCCUGAGCAACGCAAGCCAUGAAGCAGCUGUCAAACAAAUCAAUCAUACCAUACCAACAGGCAACGUGAGCGUCACUGCCACGCUGGCGGUCCUCGCUGUGGUGGUCCUCCUGGCGGCCCCCAUCAUCAUCAUCUUCAUCAUCAAGCGUCGCCGAAGCAGACAAGCCCAAUACGAUCCAGCUGCUGGUGACAGUGGUAAAGAGCUCUCAGAGAGACGUGAAGGCUGAAGGCUGAGUGACACACAGCAGUCGGCACACAGUGAGGACUUUGCUUUUUCACGCACCUCCAAAUGUUCUUCUGACUUUGUGUGAAGAUGAUGUUCACUCUGCCACAUGCUAACAUCUGCACUUGGAUUCACCUGCUUUUGUUGGGAAUGUGCUGAGUCAUCUUCUUCCUCCAGGAUGCUUUGUGCACUGGAACACAGAGAGAUGUCUCCAUCGCUGAGGGACCUCAUCACACUUGGACAUUUCUUUCACAUCUGCACAAAUUGCUCCUCAUCUUACAUGAUGUCUUCCUUGGCUGUUUGUGGCUGAGCAAAAUCCUUCAAUCUGCAUUUUCCAACAAUAUUUUGCCAGUGAAUAAUGUUGAUGUUGAUCUUUGUGUCCAUGUAGUUGUGAUGUCAUCAUUUGGGCCUCAUGUGUCAUCACAUUGACAAGGAUUUCUUCUUUCCUUUUCAAACCAAUAGACAGCUGCUUAUCAGUGAAUAUCACCUUGUGUUACAUCUCAUCAUUAUUUUUACAAAUAUUUUGGAACAAUAGUACCAUUUUUAAGUACUUUUGUAUGUUAAUGUUAAUUUUUUUUUUAUAUAACAUUUAAGAAUAAUGAUCAUGAGAACUGCUGUCCAGUUGUUAUAUCUUGUUUUCUGAUUGCAUUAGUCUCAUUUGAAAUAAAGUUGCACUUCCAAGACCAUUAGAUGGCAGCACUGUAUAACUAUUUAUGGUAUGUUGUCAAACUAGAAAGUAGCUUUUUUCCAGGAAAACAAAUUUGUUAGGUUGCGCCCUACAAAGUGUCAAUACUGUAAGAAUUGUCCUCAUAACACAAAACUGUAAAUUCUAACUAUAAUCUUAGUUGUCGUUUCCUUUACCAAAUUCCAAGGUGUGGAAAUCGCCAUGUACAACCGCUCAUGUUAAUAAUAGCCUGUCUAUGGCAAAUCCUAUGUAAAUUAGCAAUAAGCUAGAGCAUUUUGGAAGAGUGUCGCAUUACUUUGCGUUUGAGCUAUUUUUUAUUAAGCACACUGUGUUGGUGUUGAAAAUUGCAAUUUGACUUUGAGGGAGUUUGGCUGAGUCCAGCCUGAAUGCUGCUUGAGUGAUUGUUUACGUGAGCCCGUGUUUAGUCUGAAAGCAGACAUGACCAGUCUGAAACCGGACAUGACGUCACAUGCAACAAAGGUAUCGAACUAUGGCACCCUUUGAUUUUACGUGAAUUGAUAGGAACAAGGGAAUUUGGUCAUUACCCACAAAAGUACUGAAUUCGGUACCCAACCCUACUAGUUAGUGUGACACAAUAUUUUUAUGACAAGGCGUUGCAAAAUAUUUAUAUUUUUUGAAAACUUUGCUGUUUUUUCCGUUCUUUUUUGCAUUGUCAUAUUUUUGCUUGAUUGGCAAACACCCCGAUGAUGUCAUUUGGGAAGUAAACAAGGUAGGCCGUUCAUAUAUUCUUGAUAUUCAGUGUUUUAUGUGUACAAUGUUUCAUGUACAUUCUGGGUGUUUUAGUCAUUAAAAACUUGUCAAAUACAA